CCCCACCAUGUCCAUGGCGUUGUGGAUAAAAGCAAGCCACUCAUAUCGCCAUUAGAACUCACUCUCUGUACUAAAAACAGAGAGAGAGAAGGAAGAAGAAUGAAUUAAAGGAAAAAAAAAAUGGAUGUAGUGACCUUCGGCGUUAUAAUCGGCAUAAUCCUUCUCUUCUUAGUGGCCGUUUGCUACAUCACAAUUCAAGGAACCUGCAAACGUUGAAAAUUUUCAGUCUCUCCAAAAUCUGUCUUAAUUCUCCGCCAUACCCGGGAUCUUGUUAACCAACGCCCAAUUCCAACGCUUUUUUGGGUUUCCUGUUGAGAAAAUGUCAUCAUCAUCACCAGCAGCAUCGGAACGGGGAGGAUGUGUCCGUUGGGUCGAAGCUUCUGCCGGAGGAGCUGGCGGAGGAGGAGGAUAUGAAGCUUUAUGGGUUUGGGCCAUAUGUGGAUCAUGAUCACGAAAGGCUUGGAUCUUCGGAGCUCUCUGGUUUGGGUCUUUGGAUUCGUGCAUUGGGCUGCUCAUUGUUGAUUAGCAUGGCAUCUCUUAUUUGCCUAAUACUCCUGCCAGUAAUAUUUGUUCGAGGCAAACCAUCCAAAGCAAUUGUUGACUCAUUGGCUUUAUUUGGGGCAGGGGCUAUGUUAGGGGAUGCUUUUCUCCACCAGUUGCCUCAUGCAUUUGGUGGUGAAAAGCACUCUCAUUCACAUGCUGACCAUCACGGUCAUUCAGGAGAGGAGCAUUCUCAUGCACAUUCUUUGGAAGAUCUUUCUGUAGGAAUAUCUGUCCUUGCUGGAAUUGUGCUUUUUCUUCUAGUGGAGAAGGCAGUGAGGUAUGUAGAAGAAAAUUCUGGGGGAGGAAAUGAAUGGAGCCAUGGUCAUCACCACCACAAUAAGAAUAAAAAAUUGAAGGAUGAUAGUGAUUCUCAUGACACCAGCGAUAAAAGAAGCAGAGCUAGUUUGGAAUUGGAUGCAGUGCCAAAUGGCUCGAAAGAAGAUAAGGUCACUCAACAGAGAUCUGUUCCUCGGAAGAGAAAUGGCAAAUCUGCUUCCGGAGAGGAGAAGCAAGAUCUAGAUGCUGCUAAUGGUUCCACUGCUGACGUCAAAACCUCACAAGAAUGUCCAGCUCACACACCAUCAAAUUUAGUGUUUGGUUAUCUCAAUCUCUUCUCAGAUGGCGUUCACAAUUUCACUGAUGGAAUGGCCUUAGGAAGUGCUUUCUUACUAUAUGGAUCUGUUGGUGGGUGGUCUAGAACUCUCUUUUUGCUUGCACAUGAGCUCCCGCAAGAGAUUGGAGACUUUGGUAUUUUGGUAAGAUCCGGUUUCAGUGUUGGCAAAGCCCUUUUCUUCAACUUUCUCUCUGCACUUGUGGCUCUUGCAGGAACUGCAAUGGCAUUGCUCAUGGGGAAGGAUCCAGGACAUUCAUCAUUGAUUGAGGGCUUCACCGCCGGUGGCUUCAUAUACAUUGCUGUGGCUGGGGUACUGGCUGAAAUGAAUAGUAAUAGUAAAUCAACGGUAGGAACCACGGUGUUUCAAUUAACUUCACUUGUACUCGGGAUGGCUGUCGCGCUCGGUAUUUCGCUCGUCGAGUGAAACAGAGUGCAUUUAUGGCUCUUUGUAUUCUGUACUGGUUCCCAGGUAUACACAGAGUAAACUAAAUAUGUUGAUAUUUGAUCCAUUUUUGUAUUUGUGUAGUGGAUCAUCAACAACUAGUGUAAGAUUAGCAGGGAUGGCAGUUUGAGAUGCACCCAAUGAUCCUAUAAAUAUUGGAAACUUAAACAUUUUGUGUUUCUUUGAUUUGUCUAAAGUUUCAAGUUUAGCGUAGUGAUUGUUCUGUUUUUAA